CGGAAACCAGGCCCCGCCCCUUCUUGCUCCUUGCGCUGUUAAAAGCAGGAGUUCUGUCUGGAAGAGCCCUGUCUGCGGGUCCAUAGUGCCACCACCAUGCCCGUGACAUUGGGUUACUGGGAUAUCCGCGGGCUGGCUCACGCCAUCCGCCUGCUCCUGGAGUACACAGACACCAGCUAUGAGGAGAAGAGAUACACCGUGGGGGACGCUCCCGACUAUGACAGAAGCCAGUGGCUGAAUGAGAAGUUCAAGCUGGGCCUGGACUUUCCCAAUCUGCCCUACUUAAUCGAUGGGACUCACAAGCUCACCCAGAGCAACGCCAUCAUGCGCUACAUUGCCCGCAAGCACAAUCUGUGUGGGGAGACAGAAGAGGAGAGGAUUCGUGUGGACAUUUUGGAGAACCAAGUUAUGGAUGUCCGCUUUCAGCUUGCCAUGGUCUGCUACAACCCUGAUUUUGAGAAAAAGAAGCCAGAGUUCUUGGAGGGCCUCCCUGACAAGAUGAAGCUCUUUUCACAGUUCCUGGGGGAGCAUCCUUGGUUUGCAGGGAACAAGAUCACCUUCGUGGAUUUCCUUGCUUAUGAUGUCCUUGACCAGCACCGUAUGUUUGAACCAAAGUGCCUGGAGGCCUUCCCUAACCUGAAGGACUUCAUAUCCCGCUUUGAGGGCCUGAAGAAGAUCUCAGCCUACAUGAAGUCCAGCCGCUUCCUUCCAUGUCCUAUGUUUCUAAAAAUGGCCAAGUGGGGCAACAAAUAGGACCAUGUGAUACCACAACACAGAAGGGGAUCCAUUGUUGCACCUGCUGGCCAAGGGGCCUGGAUGCAGCUGGCUCCCUGAAUAUCAGUUCUGUCUUCUCAGUACGUUUUUCUUCUUUCCACUCCUUUCUUUUCUGAAGGCCUUAUUGGCUCCCUUUCAAUACUGCUCCUGGAUGUACUUCUGCAAAGUUGCCUUCCUUUUCCCUUCCCGAAAUCCAACCAUAUUUUUCAUGCUCUGUUUUGAGAAGCCCACCUGACACUGAGCUUCCCAGAACUACCUGAACGAUCAGUACUGCCUGCUACUGUCUGGUGUGUAAGACCGAGCUCUCAGUGCUGUGGCUAUCCAACCCCUGGUUUUCCUUGAUCUGGAUAUUCCUCUUCUGUGUUUUCAGGAUGUUUCUCCAUUAACAUCUCCCACUCUACUGCAGUUGGUGUAUGUGUCCAACUCAGUCAUCAGUUUCUUGAGGAGAGGAUCCAGACCAUGUUGGACACUUUCUCUGAUAUGUAUGACAUUGCCUGACAUAAAUCAACGUUCAGGAAAUUUGGAAACUUGAAAGAAUUGCUCUCAAGGAAGUCUUAGUGGGCCUGCACAGCCAAUAUUAGAAUUUAGAGCUCUGGGAAUAGCUAUGUUAUAGUCUGAGGAGGUACAGAAUAAGGUGCAAAAGAUUUCACAUGGCCAGGUAUUGGAGUCUGAGCUACUUGCUGUCUGUCACAUGAGCAUUAAGAGGCUCCAGCUGCCUUGGAACAGAGUGACUGGAGAUGUGCAGGCCUAGGUUGCUGGGUAGCAGUGCAGUUUGGGGCUGUGACAUUUUAGAUCAGGUCAGCCAUAAAGGAGAAGGAUUAAUUGGAGAAGCAUCUGGUGAGCAGCUUCCUGAAGCAGCAGUUCUACCAUGGAUUCUGGCCUCGGUCAGGCACUGACUAAGUUGUAGCUAGUAACAGGAAGCAGAUUUGAGGAGAGUCCUAAUGAGCAUUUCUCCAUAUGAUCAAUUGCCUCCUGCAGUUAAGAAAUGGGAGAGCAAUAGGUGUGAUGUUCAGGGUCACUGUAAAAUAAAUGAUUAAUAAAAAUAUAAAAAACAAUGUCAUGAAAGCUAAAAGUUCAUGAAUCUGAUAAGAUAGAAAUUACUUAAACCAACAGUUGUUAAAUUUUAACUUAAAGAUAGACAUGAUAAAAUAUGUAGAAAAAAUAGACGUUAACAUGAAACUCUGAUAAAAGUUAAGCAGAUAAAUACAACUAUUAAACCAGAGUAAAACAGAUUCAGAUCUAUAGCAGAGGUCAGCAAACAUUUUCCACAGUGGGCCAAUCCUUUAUAGUCCCUCAUAAUUCUUCUACUGGAUUGUCCUCAUAAUUCUUCUAGUAAAUGGUUAUGGCUGUGCCCCAAACAGAGCUUUAUUUACAAACCAAACAACUGAUUCAAAUAUGGGCAAACAAUUUGAAUAGAUAUUUCUCCGGAGAAGAUAUACAAACGCCAAUAAGCAGAUGAAAAGUUGCUCAACAUCGCUACUAAUUAGAGAAAUAGAAAUCAUUCCUUUCUGGAAUUGAGCAUUUCUGGUGAGAAGGUUUGUUCCAGUAUGACUUGAAUUCACUUGUAGACCUUUCUUUACUGAGGUUUUUCCAGACAAGAGUAGCAUUUGAGUUAGUAAAGAGGAUAGCCAUCAUCAAUGUGAGUAGGCAUCGUACAAUCAGUCAGGGUCCUUACAAAAAUAGAGAAGAGGUGGAUUUGCUCUUUCUUUGCGGCAUCUCUCUUCUCUUCUGGAAUAUCUGCACUCCUGGUUUUCUGGCCUGAAGAUAUAAUUCGGAAUUUACACCAUCACACCUCAAUCCUAUCUUCAUUCUCAGACCUAUGGAUUCAUACAUAGUACAGCACAGGCUUUCUUUGCUUCACUAGCUUGUAGAUGGCACAUCGCAGGAUUUCUCCAUCUUUGUAAUCACAGGAGCCAGUUGCUAAUAUAGGUAUGUGUGUAUACAUACUGUAUAAGCAAAAUAAUGUAUCUAAAUCAUUUUUUGUUUGCAUGUAGAACUGUGUCUAGUAUACCUAGCAGAAACAUAUACAAAUUGACUAGAAUAAUCAUGAGUGAACUGGUAAAGGCCAAUCCAAACAGGAAAUGCUAGAGGAUACUCAUUUAUUUGGAGACAUUUUCUGUUUGGGAGGGAUUGGCUAAAAUGUCUUAUAAUAAAACAUCUUUCCUUAUGGUAAA